AUGUUCCAGUGUAUACUACUACCGUUUAUUCAGUGGGAGAAGCAACUCAAGGUCUCUAUAAAGAAAUAUGUCCAAAUUGUGGGGAGGGUUGACAAUUUGGAUGAAACGACGGAGAAGAAGGAGCUUAAACAGAAAUUGGGCUCGUUAGACCGCGCCAGCUUAGCAGCUACGGCUCGAUUGAUCAAAUUCAUCGAGGACGGAGGAGUCCCGAGUAUGGACAUUGCAUCGUCUUUCCGGGAUAUCACAAUUUUACUUCCGAAUAUCAUUUCACGGAAUCAAGAGCAAAAGAGCGCGACCAAGAAAUGGACUAUGAUGAUACUAAAGAGACUUGGUCGAAUUUUGGACCUUGGCAAGAGUAACCCGAAGCUCCCUGCACCUUUGUCGGAUCCUCAGUUGGAGGCUGCUCGAGCAGCUUUGAACGAUCAUAAGGGCGUGUACUGCUUGGAUUACAUCCAGAGAAUGGAGGCGUUCAUUAACACGAUGAAGGCCCAACCCCGAGCUUUCGAGGCUGACCGUAUUGCAGUGACGCUGGAGAAAUUGGCAAGCGAUUACCACCGAGAUUUCAGACUGUAUGCUCGUCGACAAAAGUCUGGAAAGUCACCUCCGCGAACAGAGGAACGCUGGGCUCACUUUGCCAGGAUCAGUGAGGUACUGGUGCAGUGGAUUCAACGAGCACAGCAAACAACACCUCCACCGAGAAUGCCAGGGAAUCUGUCCAAGUUCGACAGACAGCUUCGAGGCUUUGCGGAAAAAUACCCAGACCGCGUACCCUCUGCGCCGUUGGAGGAGUCACCUGCUCUAACGAAGCUAGCUCAACCGAGAUCUCAAUCUAAGCGACCGAUCAAGAAAGAAAAGAAGACUUCGGUCGCUCAAGCCAUUGUGAUGGCUGAUAUCGUUUAGCGCGUUGGUUCCUUGGGUUUGUGGAUCGAUUUCAACUAAAAUUCAGCCACUUUGAAAUAAAGUAACGCAAAGAAUGU